CCGUGGGAUAUUCCCAAAUUCAUGCUGCCGAUAAAGGCUAGAGAAGAAAACUAGAUAGAAGUCGGAAACGCCGAGGCUGGUAAGAAAACUUAAAAAAGAAGGUCGGAAACACGGAGGUUGACAGGUCAUGUGACUUAUCUAACGCUUGUGCGCCAAGGUCGCUCUGUUUACUCUGAAUAACACAGUGAUGGCGGAAGGUGGUAAGGUCAGCGUUGAUGAUGGGAAAUCUACAGACGCUGCAGAGGAACGUCAAGUCAGAUCUGGUGACUUAAAAGUGAAUUUAGCUGAUGAUAUUCAGGCAGACGUUCCGGCCGUUUUACCGUCAGAUGGUACAUCGCAAUUUGAUGAUGCAACCUUAAAAGCGAUGGCGGAGGUGUACUUGAAAGAAGGUGACAACGAGUACAGCAAAGGAGAAACCAACAAUGCAGUACACUUUUACUCGGAGGGACUGCAAGUGAACUGCAAAGAUGUCAAACUAAACGCCAUACUCUAUAGCAACAGAGCAGCGGCUCAGCUCCUUCUGGGAAAUUGGGAAGAAGCUUUGGAUGACGCUACAGUGUCUGCUCAAUUGGCACCAACUUUCAUUGAAGCAAUAGAAAUCGGGGCCAGUGCAUGUGUACAACAACACUUGUAUCAAGAAGCCAUUACCUGGUGUCAGAAAGGAUUGGCAAUUAACAAUAACAAUAAGAAGUUACUUGAUUUGUGGACCGAGUGUGAUAAUCAACCAACUGAUGGCACAGAUGAAACGAGAAUUAAUCAGGAAAUUAACACUAACCGUGACGAUACCAAAGAGAAAAUCGAGGAUAUACAAAUCAACGAUCAGCUACCUCAAGCGGCUGUCCAAAAGAUCCUCCACUAUGCAAACAAUUUGCAUUUUUCUAUUGAAGUAGGGGACAAAGCUGGAGAAGGGAGGAGUUCCUGCAAUCUCGGCAACGCUUAUCAUGGGCUUGGAGAUUUCAAAAGAGCCAUCCGAUUUCAUGAACGUCAUCUAAAAAUUGCCAAAGAAGUGGGAGACAAGGCUGGAGAGGGAAAGAGUUACUGCAAUCUCGGCAAUGCUUAUCAUAGCCUAGGAGAUUUCGAAAGAGCCAUCCAGUAUCAUGAACGUCAUCUAAAAAUUGCCAAAGAAGUGGGAGACAAGGCUGGAGAGGGAAAGAGUUACUGCAAUCUCGGCAAUGCUUAUGAUAGCCUAGGAGAUUUCGAAAGAGCCAUCCAGUAUCAUGAACGUGAUCUAAAAAUUGCCAAAGAAGUGGGAGACAAGGCUGGAGAGGGAAAGAGUUACGGCAAUCUCGGCAAUGCUUAUGAUAGCCUAGGAGAUUUCGAAAGAGCCAUCCAGUAUCAUGAACGUCAUCUAAAAAUUGCCAAAGAAGUGGGAGACAAGGCUGGAGAGGGAAAGAGUUACUGCAAUCUCGGCAAUGCUUAUCGUAGCCUAGGAGAUUUCGAAAGAGCCAUCCAGUAUCAUGAACGUCAUCUAAAAAUUGCCAAAGAAGUGGGAGACAAGGCUGGAGAGGGAAAGAGUUACUGCAAUCUCGGCAAUGCUUAUCAUAGCCUAGGAGAUUUCGAAAGAGCCAUCCAGUAUCAUGAACGUCAUCUAAAAAUUGCCAAAGAAGUGGGAGACAAGGCUGGAGAGGGAAAGAGUUACUGCAAUCUCGGCAAUGCUUAUCAUAGCCUAGGAGAUUUCGAAAGAGCCAUCCAGUAUCAUGAACGUGAUCUAAAAAUUGCCAAAGAAGUGGGAGACAAGGCUGGAGAGGGAAAGAGUUACUGCAAUCUCGGCAAUGCUUAUGAUAGCCUAGGAGAUUUCGAAAGAGCCAUCCAGUAUCAUGAACGUCAUCUAAAAAUUGCCAAAGAAGUGGGAGACAAGGCUGGAGAGGGAAAGAGUUACUGCAAUCUCGGCAAUGCUUAUGAUAGCCUAGGAGAUUUCGAAAGAGCCAUCCAGUAUCAUGAACGUCAUCUAAAAAUUGCCAAAGAAGUGGGAGACAAGGCUGGAGAGGGAAAGAGUUACUGCAAUCUCGGCAUUGCUUAUCGUAACCUAGGAGAUUUCGAAAGAGCCAUCCAGUAUCAUGAACGUGAUCUAAAAAUUGCCAAAGAAGUGGGAGACAAGGCUGGAGAGGGAAAGAGUUACUGCAAUCUCGGCAAUGCUUAUCGUAGCCUAGGAGAUUUCGAAAGAGCCAUCCAGUAUCAUGAACGUCAUCUAAAAAUUGCCAAAGAAGUGGGAGACAAGGCUGGAGAGGGAAAGAGUUACGGCAAUCUCGGCAAUGCUUAUGAUAGCCUAGGAGAUUUCGAAAGAGCCAUCCAGUAUCAUGAACGUGAUCUAAAAAUUGCCAAAGAAGUGGGAGACAAGGCUGGAGAGGGAAAGAGUUACUGCAAUCUCGGCAAUGCUUAUCGUAGCCUAGGAGAUUUCGAAAGAGCCAUCCAGUAUCAUGAACGUCAUCUAAAAAUUGCCAAAGAAGUGGGAGACAAGGCUGGAGAGGGAAAGAGUUACUGCAAUCUCGGCAAUGCUUAUUGGAGGUUAGGAGAUCUGGAAAGAGCUGUCAACCUGUAUCGUUCUUGCGUCGUAGUUUUUGACGUUAUCCGAGCCAAUUUGCGGUUCAGAGAUGAUUGGAAGAUUAGCUACCGCGACAUGCAAAGAAACGCAUACACUUGUUUGUGGUGUCUUCAUUUAAAACUAGAUCAAAUUUUGGAUGCGCUUUUAUCUGCUGAACAAGGACGUGCGCAGGCUCUUAAUGAUCUGAUUUGUGUUAGGUAUGGGUCGGGAGGAAUACAGCCUGGGCCUCACACUCCAGGGAAUUCUGAUCUUGAGGUCCUUGCAAGCUGUGCUGUUUCAAAUACAGUUUUCAUGGCUGUAGAUGUUACAUCGCGCAAGAUAUUCUACUGGUUUAUUAACAGCUUUCAAGAUAUUCAAUUGAGAAGUACUGAGAUAAGUAAUUAUGGCUCGUUCGAAGAUGUCAAUACCUUUAUUGGAAGCUUAAUGAACACAGCAUCAAGAGCGUUUAAAAGAGGUGUUAUUGAAUGUGAAGAUCGCUCUCUUGAUGAGCCCUGCGCUGAAGAAUUAGCGAAGAAAAGGUCAGGUCAUGGUUAUUUCUCUCCUGAAUGCUCACCGAAAGCUGCCUUGAAGAUGUUGUAUGACGUUAUCAUUGAGCCGAUUGGUGAUCUGAUCAAUGGCGAUGAAAUUAUCUUUGUUCCCGAGAGUUCACUGUGGUCAGUCCCUUUUGCUGCAUUGAUCGAUUCCGAGUCAAAUUAUUUGUGUGACUCUUUCCGAGUUCGAACGACUCCAUCCCUAACUACUUUGAAGUUGAUAAACGAUUACCCAGACGACUUCCACAAUAAGAAAAGUGCUUUACUCGUGGGUGAUCCAUGUUUAGAGGGGGUUCUUUUCGAGGGGAGGAAGCUCGAUCCACUGCCAUGUGCGAGAGAAGAAGUUGAGAUAAUCGGGAGAAUCCUUGGCGCUGAUCCUCUUAUUGGUGAAGAAGCAAGAAAAGAUGAAGUGUUGAGGCGACUUCCCUCUGUUGCCUUGGUGCACUUUGCUGCACAUGGCCGAAUGGAAACAGGCGAAAUUGCUUUAGCGCCACGAAGUACUUGCUCAUCACUGCCCUUUGUUGAGGAGGAUUUUAUUCUAACAAUGAAAGAUGUGCUGGAUAUUCGGAUACGAGCGAGGCUGGUUGUGUUAAGUUGUUGUCACAGUGGUCGUGGAGAGAUUAAGGCUGAGGGAGUUGUUGGAAUUGCAAGAGCGUUUUUAGGUGCCGGCGCUCGCUCUGUUCUCGUGUCGCUGUGGGCGAUUGAUGACAAGGCUACUCUCGUGUUUAUGAAACAUUUCUACGAAGAACUGGUUACUGGCAAGCUUGCAAGUGAAGCUCUUAACCAAGCUAUGAAGAGCAUGAAAGAGUCUGAAGAGUUCAGCGAUGUGAAGUACUGGGCACCCUUUGUACUCAUUGGGGAUGACGUCACACUGGAAUGAAUUUGAAGAUAGGAGUUUGGGAUAUUGUCAGAUGGAGAAAAGACGAGAUCCUUGCUGAUGGUUUUUGGCAACGAUUUGAAACCAACUUCUCUGGCGACAGGAACUUCCUCAGUAUUUUCAGCGAUAUGGCUUGGUUUUAAAGGCAUAAUGUCUCAGUUUUUAAACGUCCUGAUCAUCUCGGCGUGUAGCGAUAUUGUCUGUCAGUAAAAAAAAACUAGUUGUUGAAUUAGGUCUUAAAGGCGAAACCUCAGUUUUAAACUUUUGUAUCAAAAACUCAAUUUUAAUUUCUUAAUACAUAGUAUGAAAGACACAACAGUGUGUUGCAGAAUAGUCGGUGAACUAAGGUAAAUUUUACUUUCAAUUGAAUUUUAAAAAACUUAUUCCCGUUUUACUGAUCACGAUUAAAAUAGUGAAAGUAUUUAAGAGACUCAAGAAGUAAUGGGCACUUCCUCAGUCAAAAAAUUUCGGCGAAUUUUUCUUUUGUUUCUGGAAUGAGUAGAAAGUUAAACUUGGAAGAUUUAUUCACAAAGAAUUUAUUUCAAAGGACCAUGUACUUUAUUUGUCGAUUGGGAAGCAGUUUAUUUCGCUAGUAGGUCGUGUUGGUGAUGUUUUUCUAUUUGAAUCUUACGAAUGUUUCAUUUGCAUCGUAAAAUGUAAUUCAUUUUUAAGUUGAGAUUUCCGUUCUUGGUCAAUUGCAGCAUCGAGGUAGUUUCUAUGCAAAUUGAACAUUAAAGUUUGCCGUAUGUUUUUAUAUAACUGUGAAUCUAUGACAAUCAUAUUUGUCUAUAUACUUCAUAUUAACUUCAUUACUGCGAAGAUCGCUUUCAUAUUUACUAUCUUUAAUAUAGUUUUUAGUUUUCGGUUUUUAGAAAAGAGUUUUGAUAUCAUGUCAAGAUCCUUGUGUCUUUUAAAUUUGCUUGAGUUGGAUUUUUCUUUCAUGAAGCCCUCUCUGUAGAGACAGUUUUUGUAGCGAGUUAGGUACAGUGAUUGACUCGGAAAGUUAUUGUAAUCUCUUUGACUUACUUUGUUAUCGUGUGAAAAUAAAAACUGAGUAACAGAA